AUGAAACUGCGUGGAGUCAGCCUGGCUGCCGGCUUGUCCUUACUGGCCCUGAGUCUUUGGGGGCAGCCCGCAGAGGCUGCGGCUUGCUAUGGGUGUUCUCCAGGAUCAAAAUGUGACUGUAGUGGUAUAAAAGGAGAAAAGGGGGAGAGAGGAUUUCCAGGUUUGGAAGGCCAUCCAGGUUUGCCUGGAUUUCCAGGUCCAGAAGGGCCCCCAGGGCCUCGGGGACAAAAGGGUGAUGAUGGAGUUCCAGGACCACCAGGACCAAAAGGGAUCAGAGGUCCUCCUGGACUUCCUGGAUUUCCAGGGACACCAGGUCUUCCUGGAAUGCCAGGCCAUGAUGGGGCCCCAGGACCUCAAGGUAUCCCUGGAUGCAAUGGAACCAAGGGAGAACGUGGAUUUCCAGGCAGUCCCGGUUUUCCCGGUUUACAGGGUCCUCCAGGACCUCCUGGGAUCCCAGGUAUGAAGGGAGAAGCAGGUAGUAUAAUUAUGUCAUCACUGCCAGGACCAAAGGGUAAUCCAGGAUAUCCAGGUCCUCCUGGAAUACAAGGCCCAGCUGGUCCCCCUGGUAUACCAGGGCCAAUUGGUCCCCCAGGACCACCAGGUUUGAUGGGCCCUCCUGGCCCACCAGGACUUCCAGGACCAAAGGGGAAUAUGGGCUUAAAUUUCCAGGGACCCAAGGGUGAGAAGGGUGAGCAAGGUCUUCAGGGCCCCCCUGGGCCACCUGGGCAGAUCAGUGAACAAAAAAGACCAAUCGAUGUAGAGUUUCAGAAAGGAGAUCAGGGACUUCCUGGUGACCGAGGGCCUCCUGGACUCCCAGGGAUACGUGGUCCUCCAGGUCCUCCAGGUGGUGUGAAAGGUGAGAAGGGUGAGCAAGGAGAGCCUGGCAAAAGAGGUAAACCAGGCAAAGAUGGAGAGAAUGGCCAACCAGGAAUUCCAGGUUUGCCUGGUGAUCCUGGUUACCCUGGUGAACCAGGAAGAGAUGGAGAAAAGGGUCAAAAAGGUGACACUGGCCCACCUGGGCCUCCUGGACUUGUAAUACCUAGGCCUGGGACUGGUGUAACUGUAGGAGAAAAAGGAAACAUUGGGUUACCUGGCUUGCCUGGAGAUAAAGGAGAUCGAGGAUUUCCUGGAAUUCAGGGUCCACCAGGCCUUCCUGGACCUCCAGGACCUGCAGUUAUAGGUCCUCCUGGACCCCCUGGCUUUCCUGGGGAAAGGGGACAGAAAGGUGACGAAGGUCCACCUGGAAUUUCCAUUCCUGGAUCUCCUGGACUUGAUGGACAGCCUGGGGCUCCUGGCCCUCCUGGCCCCCCUGGCCCUCCCGGCCCUCACAUCCCUCCUAGUGAUAAGAUAUGUGAAGCAGGCCCUCCUGGCCCUCCAGGAUCUCCAGGUGAUAGAGGACUCCAAGGAGAACAAGGAAUGAAAGGUGACAAAGGUGACACCUGCUUCAACUGUAUUGGAACUGGUGUUUCAGGGCCUCCAGGUCAGCCUGGUUUGCCAGGUCUUCCAGGUUCCCCAGGAUCUCUUGGUUUCCCUGGACAGAAGGGUGAAAAAGGACACGCUGGUGCAACUGGUCCCAAAGGAUUAACCGGCAUACCAGGAGCUCCAGGAGCUCCAGGCUUUCCUGGACCUAAAGGUGAACCCGGUGACAUCCUCACACUUCCAGGAAUGAAGGGUGACAAAGGAGAUUUGGGUUCCCCUGGAGUUCCAGGGCUUCCUGGUUUACCUGGCACCCCUGGACAGGAUGGAUUGCCAGGACUUCCUGGCCCCAAAGGAGAACCUGGUGGAAUGGCUUUUAAGGGUGAAAGAGGUCCCCCUGGGAACCCAGGUUUGCCAGGUCUCCCAGGAAAUAGGGGGCCUAUGGGCCCUGUUGGUUUUGGCCCUCCAGGUCCAGUAGGUGAAAAAGGCAUACAAGGUGUGGCAGGAAGUCCAGGCCAACCAGGAAUACCAGGUCCUAAAGGUGAUCCAGGUCAGACCAUAACCCAACCAGGGAAGCCUGGCCUGCCUGGUAACCCAGGCAGAGAUGGUGAAGUAGGUCUUCCAGGUGAACCUGGACUCCCAGGCCAGCCAGGCUUGCCAGGAAUACCUGGUAGCAAAGGAGAACCAGGUAUCCCUGGAAUCGGGCUUCCUGGACCACCUGGUCCCAAAGGUUUUCCUGGAAUUCCAGGACCUCCAGGAGCACCUGGAUCACCUGGAAGAAUUGGUCUAGAAGGUCCUUCUGGACCACCAGGCUUUCCAGGACCAAAGGGAGAACCAGGAUUUGGGCUACCUGGGCCACCUGGGCCUCCAGGACUCCCAGGUUUCAAAGGAAUACUUGGUCCAAAAGGGGAUCGUGGUUUCCCAGGACCUCAAGGUCCUCCAGGACAAGCUGGCUUGGAUGGGCUACCUGGACCAAAAGGUGACAUUGGACCAAAUGGACAACCUGGGCCAAUGGGACCUCCUGGGCUGCCAGGAACAGGUUUUCAGGGACCACCAGGGCCACCAGGAAUUCCUGGACCAAUAGGCCAACCUGGCUUGCAUGGACUACCAGGAGAGAAGGGGGAUCCAGGGCCUCCUGGAUUUGAUGUUCCAGGACCUCCUGGUGAGAGAGGCAGUCCAGGGAUCCCUGGAGCACCAGGUCCUAUGGGACCCCCAGGAUCACCAGGGCUCCCAGGAAAAGCAGGUGCCUCUGGCUUUCCAGGUGCCAAAGGUGAAAUGGGUAUGAUGGGACCUCCAGGCCCACCAGGACCUUUGGGAAUUCCUGGCAGGAGUGGUGUUCCUGGUCUCAAAGGUGAGGAUGGUUUGCAGGGUCAGCCAGGACUUCCUGGCCCUGCAGGAGAGAAAGGUAGUAAAGGAGAGCCUGGCCUUCCAGGCCUUCCUGGGCCAAUGGAUCCAGAUCUGCUGGGCUCAAAAGGAGAGAAAGGGGACCCUGGCCUACCAGGUAUUCCUGGAGUUGCAGGGCCAAAAGGUUACCAGGGUUUGCCUGGAGACCCAGGGCAACCUGGACUGAGCGGACAACCUGGAUUGCCAGGACCAUCAGGUCCCAAGGGUAACCCUGGUCUCCCUGGAAUGCCAGGACUUACAGGACCUCCUGGACUUAAAGGAAGCAUAGGUGAUAUGGGUUUUCCAGGCCCCCAGGGUGCAAAAGGGUCUCUUGGACCUCCUGGAGUUCCUGGACAACCUGGCUCCCCAGGAUUACCUGGACAGAAAGGAGAAAAAGGUGACCCUGGUAUUUCAGGCAUUGGUAUUCCAGGUCUUCCUGGGCCAAAGGGUGAACCUGGUCUGCCUGGAUACCCAGGGAACCCUGGUAUCAAAGGUUCUAUGGGAGAAACUGGUUUGCCUGGAUUACCAGGGACCCCUGGAGCAAAAGGACAACCAGGCCUUCCUGGAUUUCCUGGAACCCCAGGCCUUCCUGGACCAAAAGGUAUUAAUGGUCCUCCUGGGAACCCUGGCCUUCCAGGAGAACCUGGCCCUGUAGGUGGUGGAGGUCGUCCUGGGCCACCAGGGCCUCCAGGUGAAAAAGGCAAACCAGGUCAAGAUGGCAUUCCUGGACCAGCUGGACAGAAGGGUGAACCAGGUCAGCCAGGCUUUGGAAUCCCAGGACCCCCUGGACUUCCAGGACUUUCUGGUCAAAAGGGUGAUGAAGGAUUACCUGGCAUUCCAGGAAACCCUGGCCUUCCAGGUCCAAAGGGUGAACCAGGCUUUCAUGGUUUCCCUGGUCUGCAGGGUCCCCCAGGCCCUCCUGGUUCUCCAGGUCCAGCUCUGGAAGGCCCUAAAGGCAGCCCUGGACCCCAAGGUCCUCCUGGGAGACCAGGUCCACCAGGUCCAGAAGGUCCCCGGGGUCUACCUGGAAGUGGGGGUAUUAAAGGAGAAAGAGGUAACCCAGGCCAACCUGGGCAACCUGGUUUGCCUGGUUUGAAAGGUGAUCAAGGUCCUCCAGGACUCCAGGGUAACCCUGGCCGGCCAGGUCUCAAUGGAAUGAAAGGAGAUCCUGGUCUCCCUGGUGUUCCAGGAUUUCCAGGCAUGAAAGGACCCAGUGGAGUACCUGGUUCAACUGGCCCUGAGGGGGAUCCAGGACUUAUUGGCCCACCAGGUCCCCCUGGAUUACCUGGUCCUUCAGGACAAAGUAUUGUAAUCAAAGGAGAUGCUGGCCCACCAGGGAUUCCAGGCCAGCCUGGAUUGAAAGGUUUACAAGGACUCCCAGGACCUCAGGGUUUACCAGGUCCAAUUGGCCCUCCAGGAGAUCCUGGACGCAAUGGACUCCCUGGCUUUGAUGGUGCAGGAGGACGCAAAGGAGACCCAGGUUUACCAGGCCAGCCAGGUACUCGUGGCUUGGCUGGUCCCCCUGGGCCAGAUGGAUUGCAGGGUCCUCCAGGUCCCCCUGGAACCUCUUUUAUUGCCCAUGGGUUUCUCAUCACACGUCACAGCCAGACAACAGAUGCUCCACAAUGCCCGCAGGGAACCAUCCAGGUGUAUGAAGGCUUUUCUCUCCUGUAUGUACAAGGAAAUAAAAGAGCUCAUGGUCAAGACUUGGGAACAGCUGGCAGCUGCCUUCGUCGUUUCAGUACCAUGCCUUUCAUGUUCUGCAACAUCAAUAAUGUUUGCAACUUUGCUUCAAGAAAUGAUUAUUCUUACUGGCUCUCCACCCCAGAGCCCAUGCCAAUGAGCAUGGAACCCCUGAAGGGCCAGAGCAUCCAGCCAUUCAUUAGUCGAUGUGCAGUAUGUGAAGCUCCAGCCGUGGUGAUUGCAGUCCACAGUCAGACCAUCCAGAUUCCCCGUUGUCCUCAGGGAUGGGAUUCUCUCUGGAUUGGUUAUUCCUUCAUGAUGCACACAAGUGCAGGGGCAGAGGGCUCAGGCCAAGCCCUGGCCUCCCCUGGUUCCUGCUUAGAAGAGUUUCGUUCAGCUCCCUUCAUUGAGUGUCAUGGGCGGGGGACCUGCAACUAUUACGCCAACUCCUACAGCUUUUGGCUGGCGACUGUAGAUGUGUCAGACAUGUUCAGCAAACCUCAAUCAGAAACGCUGAAAGCAGGAGACUUGAGGACACGUAUUAGCCGAUGUCAAGUGUGCAUGAAGAGGACAUAA